GACAUGCCCGUGGUGGCAGAGUUCAUUGACGAACGUCCUGAUGAAGUGAAGCUCAUGGAGGAAUUCCGGACAAACUCCAAAUGGAAACUUCUAGGAGACCAGAAUGAGGACUCGCAGAGUUCAGAUAUUUCAGUGCCUGCCAAGUCUACCACGAGGCGACAGCGUCAUGAUACACCAGACCCAUCCCCUCCUCGAAGGCAGCGACAGCGUCACGAUACCCCUGACCCAUCCCCUCCCAGGCGACAGCGUCACGACACCCCAGACCCGUCACCUCCUCGAAGGCAGCGACAUGAUACCCCAGACCCCUCACCUCCUCGAAGAAAGCGACAUGACACCCCUGAUCCAUCCCCUCCCAGGCGGCGGCGGCGUCACGAUACACCAGACGCGCCACCUCCUCGACGGCAGCGUCACGAUACACCUGACCCGUCACCUCCUCGACGACAACGUCACGAUACACCAGACCUGUCACCCCCCAGGCAGCGACGUCGCCAUGAUACCCCUGACCCGUCCCCUCCUCGAAGACAGCGUCACGACACCCCAGACCUGUCACCCCCCAGGCAGCGGAGGCGUCACGACACCCCAGACCUGUCACCUCCCCGGCGGCAGCGCCACGACUCAUCACCUCGGAGGGAGAAGCCUCCUGGGUCCCCUGGUGUGAAGAAGCAGAGCAGAACGAAAGGACGGACUUCGCCAGCCGGGAGGGAUCAGCACAGGUCUCGGAGUCCCCUGGACCAUUCCCCUCAUCGCCGGGACACCAAGGGGUCUCCCAAGAAGGUAAACGCAAGCACCAUGUCAUCCGGGGUCAGAGCUGGCCUGGUGUCAGCUGAUGUGCUGCGGAGGGAGCAGCAGGAGCUCCGGAAGCCUGACAGGAGCAUCAAGCACCUGGAAGAGGAGUCCCGGAACGCCGCGACCGUGUUCCGAGACAAGACUGGCCGCAAGAGGAACCUGGCACAGGAGCAGCUGGAGCAGAGGCUGAAGGCUGAAGCAGAGGCCAAGAGAGAGGAGCAAUAUGCCAAGUGGGGAAAAGGGCUGGCACAGGAGAGGCAACAGCAGCAGAAUGUGGAAGAUGCCAUCAAAGAGAUGCAGAAGCCCUUGGCCCGUUACAUUGAUGACCAGGACCUGGAUCGAAUGCUGAGGGAGCAAGAGAGAGAAGGAGACCCGAUGGCUGCCCUCAUCAAAAAAAGGAAGGCCAAGGAGAACAAGGAGAAAGAAAAACCCAGGUACAAGGGACCAGCACCUCCACUCAACAGGUUUAACAUCUGGCCUGGACAUCGGUGGGAUGGUGUGGACAGGUCCAAUGGGUUCGAGCAGCAGCACUUUGCCCGGAUUGCCAACAGGAAGGCAGUGCAGGAACUCGCGUACAAGUGGAGCGUGGAGGACAUGUAG